AUUAGUUUUUAUUAUUUUCUCCCCAAUUUGAAAUGCUCAAUUAUUUUUAGGCUAUUUUUAGGCCCGCUUCUUUACACUCUGCAGACUCACCAUGCAGCCGCCUCAGAGCUACAGUGCCAGAGGACAACGCAGCUCUGGGCAGAUUACAGGCAAGCCCGCAGGUGCCAGGCCAGACUACAGGGGUCGCUGGUGCGCGGUGAGCCGAGGACACCCUCGGCUCCCUCCCCUGAACGACGCUCGGCCAAUUGAGCGCCACCCCUGGGAGCUCUUGUCCACGGUUGGCUGUGGAAUAGCCUGGACUCGAACCGGCGACGUCCAGGCUAUAGAGCGCAUCCUGCACUCUAGCAAGUGCUUUUACUGGAUGCGCCACUCGGGAGCCCCAAAUAUCAUGGCGGAGCAGAACUGGGAGUUAGAUCCAGCUACCCUGCAGGCUAAACUACCCAUGAUGAAUAUAGACAUGGUGAAAUUUGUGGCCGAAAUGGAGGCAGAGUAUAAAAAAAUACGAGAGCAGAGACCCCAGGGGUACAGUCAUGCGCUGAGAAGCGAGCUGAAAAGACUGAAAACCUUUGAAUGUUUAGAGACAUAUUCGUCCUGGUCUCCUGAGGAGAUGGCUGAGAAUGGGUUCUACAGCACAGGCAUAAACUCCAGCAUGCAGUGCUUCUGCUGUGGGUUAGUGCUUUGCACAAUGAGUAUCAGUAAAACUCCAUAUGUUUGCCAUCAAAAGUCAAGGCCAGACUGUGACUUCAUUAAAGGUAUAGAUGUGGGCAACAUACCAAAAUAUGAGGUCAAAGUUCAGAGAGGAGAGGUUGUUGCCGUGGAGAGAGUGGACGCUUACAGGAGUGAGGAGUUCAGGCUGGAGUCCUUUAAAGACUGGCCUUUCUAUUCCAAAACAGACCCGGCCUCGCUGGCAGCCGCUGGCUUUUUCUUUACUGGUGUAAAGGACAGAGUGCAGUGCUGUUGCUGUGGUGGGGCUCUGGCUAACUGGGAGGUAGAUGAUGAUCCCUGGAAAGAACACUGCAAAUGGUUUCCAGAAUGUGAAUAUGUGAAGAGCAAGAAAUCAAGUGAAGAAAUUGCAAAGUACACAAAGAGUUAUGAAGGGUUUCACGCAGUCACGGCAAAACAUUACUGCUCAGAAGUUUGGCUAGAUCUGGAGAAACCAACUGAAACAGGCAACUCGGAGGUCAUCACAACCAUCUUUAAAUAUGAGGAGGUUCGUCUGGACUCCUUUAAAACAUGGCCAGAAGAUGCUAAAGCAGACCCCAGCAUGCUUGCAAAGGCUGGGUUUUUCUAUACAGGUACUGGAGACGCUGUCCAGUGCUUUCAGUGUGGUACAAGAUUAAUACAGUGGAAGUUGGAGGACGAUCCUUGGACAGAGCAUGCUAAACAUAAUCCAAGCUGCCAGUUGGUUUGUUGCAUGAGAGCAGUCAAAGACGAGAGUGAGAGUACAAGCAAAUUAACAACUUCGAAUGAGGCAGAAGCAGCUGAUCUGGAGAACACAGUCUGGAGUGCUUUAGAAGGAACAAGCUCAUCCAUCACAGACCAAAGUCCAGAAGAAAACAUUUGGUUUUUAAAAGCAAAGGGCUUGUUUGUUCAGCUGAGGAAAACGUAUAAUAGCUUAAACUUCAGGAAAAUCUUUUCAUUAUCUGACUCUGUGCAUACUACCCCGGACCUCAAAAGUCUGUUUGCUUGGCUUCCCCUGGUUUCUAAGAGCCUGAAAAACGAGCCAGUCCAUCAAGUGUCCCUUCCUGUCCUUCUGAGGGAUCUGAGCCGCAUCACAGUUGUCGAAGGGGAAGUGGGCAGUGGAAAAUCAGCCUUGCUCAGGAGAAUUGCAAUUCUGUGGGCAUCUGGGAGCUGUCCUGUGCUACAGAGGUUCAAGCUGGUAUUUUACCUCUCUCUGAACUCACUGAGCAAUGGUCAGAGCCUGGCUGGAGCAAUCUCAGAAGAGCUGUGCAGCACAGGGACACACCUGACUGAGGAGUCUAUCAAUGAUAUUAUCUACCACCUGAAAGACCAGGUCUUAUUCCUGCUGGAUGAUUACGGUGCUGCAGGUUCAGCUCCGAAAUGCAUUCAAGAUCUGAUUGUGAAGAACCACAUGAAUAAAGUCAGUGUGGUCAUUGGAGUCCAAACGAACAGAACAGCAGCAGUGCGUCAGUACGCAUCUUCAGUGCUCACGAUCGCAGCAUUCCCAGUGUACAGCGCUGUAUUUAUCUUGAAGAAUCUCUUCUCCCACAGCAUUAGUCUUGUGGAAGGUUUUUUUGUUCAGUUGGGCAUGUCACAGUCAUUGCAAGGCAUUUUAAAAACACCACUUUUCACUAUUGCUGUUUGUGCUCUGUGGGUCCAGUACCCCCAAAAGAAUACACAUAACAGUGCUAUUUGUAAAGCUUACCUGCACUAUAUUAAGCUGAAGCACCUCCGUCAAUCAGAAAAGAUGAGAUGCAUGAUAUCAUUCUGUGGAGACCUUGCCUUAGACGGACUGUUUGACCAGCGCUUUGAGUUCAGUGAUAAAGACCUUGAAGAUGCAGGAAUUGAUGCUGAAGAGGCUAUCCAUCUGGGUUUAUUGAGUAAGUUCACAGCCCAAAUGCUCAAGCCUGUGUACAAAUUCUUUCAUGCGUCUUUCCAGGAGUACCUGGCUGGCAAGCGCCUGAGUGAGCUCCUUGAAUCCGAGUCCCAGGAACAUGUGGAGAAAGGCUGCCAUUAUUUGAAGACAAUUGACACGUUCCUGAAGAUCAUGGUCCAUUAUAAGUUCUUUUUGCUCUAUGCAUGCAGUUCCUCUGCAUUAGCCACUCAGAAAAUCAUCAACCACUUGUUUCGUGUUGCUGAAAGCAAAGGGUUUUAUGAUUCCAGUUCAGAGAAUGGCAAGUAUGUGCCCCAUCAUCCGGAACUUUUUGUUCUUGAAGAGUUGUUAAGUGUUGUCCUACCUAUGGAAACUGCCCAACCUAUGGGAAAGGACUUUGACAUUUUAAAGGAUCAUUUUCUAGAGUUUGUAGUUGGAGUUGCUUAUUCUGGCAAUUCGGUCUCUGACUGCGCUCCUCGUAUCCUGGAAUACCUCACUGGUAAAAGUUUAAACCUUACAGCUUCAAGGGCGUUCAAUCAGUUCGUUAGAGAAUACCCUGAGUCGCUGGAAUUAUUAAGUGCAAUAAAGAUAUUAAUAUCUGGACGCAAAAAAGAUCAAUGUCCAGACCUUGUGAAAAUGGGUAAGAUAUUAGAACCACAUGGCAAGCCAGUUGUUGAGGAAGAGUUUGCCUCGGCGUACCAACUUUUAAGUAGUGUUGCUGAGAAAACACGUGCUGACAGUGAUAACAUUGAGAACUUCAGAGGGAUGUUACACAGACACCUUCCAGAGUCCAUAGGUCAAACUUUCUUAACAGCAGAAGGCAAACAUAAAAUGCCACUGCUCAUACUUAAUGUGCUCCAUGUGGAUGGAAUAGAUGAAAAGGACUGCAAGAAUCUAAUGGUGCUCUUUUCAGUUUCGGAACAAGUGGAGUUAACCUUGAGUAACAGUGAAGGAUUUCUUGAAAGCAUUCAGCCUGCUCUUGAGAUAUACAAAGGGAUUUUCAGAAAAAUCGAAGUUCAUUGCACCCAUUUAAGUAAACGGGAGGAAGAACUGAUUGUAUCGAUGUCUGCUCUUCAGUCGUUGCAUCUGAGAUUCAGACAAGUGCCAGAGCAUUUGAUUCAAAAUUUGGAUACAUUUUCUCAUCUUAAAGAGCUAUCAAUUGAUGGUCCAAAUGACAGCAAAGUGUUUGACAAGAUACCUAAUGGCUUUGGAAGUCUUCACCGUAUGGAGAAACUCAUCAUUAAGAAUGUGACCCUCGUGGAGGAUUCAAGCAGGCUUGCCCGGUUUGUUCAGCAGUUUUCCAACCUCCAGGUUUUCCACCUCAGUUGCAGUAUCUGCCCAGGGUUGGCUGAUAUCAUUACUUCACUUGCAAACUGCAAGAAACUUGAAAAUAUCUCCUUUCGAGGUUCUACUCACUGUGAUCUUGACGAUUUACCUUUUGUGUCAUCUUUACCAAACUUCAAAAACCUUAAGAUCUUGGACCUGAAAUCACAGCACUUUGCAAAACACGAAGAAGCUGCCUGUUUUGCUCGUGCCCUGGGAUCUCUGGCUUGUUUAGAGGAGCUGAAUCUUCCAUCAGGAAAUGGUGUGAAAUCAACCAUCUCCACUGUAAUUGAACAGUUUCAGCAUCUCAGACAUCUGAGAAUUCUCUCAGCCACUCUCGUGCUUGUGGAUAGCAACCUGCAUGAGUUAGCAAAAGCUGCUAAAGAAGGACAUCUUCAAGCUAUUCAGAUACUGGAUCUCGCUGCCAACCAUGACAUAACUGACUCCGGCUGGAGAAACUUCUUUCUUACCUUGGAUGGCAUGCCUAACUUAAAGCAACUGACCCUCGGCAGAUUGUAUACCCACAGCCUGCAGCCUGGCGAUUCUACAGUGAGGGCUUUUGUGCAGUGCGUCUCACGGCUCCGCAGUUUAAUGACAAUCGUGAUGUUCGGCUGGCUGCUGGACACGGAGCAUUUCACCAUGUUUAAUAAGAUGAAGGAGCAGCACCCACAGUCAAAGUGUCUCAGUAUCAUGUGGAAGUGGGUACUGCCCUUUGCACCAGUCAUACAGGAUGGUGCACCCUAGGUCAUGACACCAGCACUCAAUAAUCCCUUUUCUUGUCCUUGUUUUGUGUUUUCAUACCUAUAUUUCAUCAAAAAUAAGUAAUAGCUGUUUAAAGAGAUGGGUGUGAUUGUUUUUUUUUUUUACAUAGUGCAGUGCAUUAUAUAGCCGGGCAGCAGUGUGGAGUAGUGGUUAGGGCUGUGGACUCCUGACCGGAGGGUCAUGGGUUCAAUCCCAGGUGGGGGACACUGCUGCUGUACCCUUGAGCAAGGUACUUUACCUAGAUUGCUCCAGUAAAAACCCCAAUGUAUAAAUGGGUAAUUGUAUGUAAAAAAUAAUGUAAUUGUAUGUAAUAAUAAUGUGAUAUCUUGUAACAAUUGUAAGUCGCCCUGGAUAAGGGCAUCUGCUAAGAAAUAAAUAAUAACUGUGAAAUUAAAGUUUGAUUUUGACAGCUGCCAUCAGCAUGUAAUUCCUUAUGAUAGCAUUGUUAUUUAUAGAUCAAUUCAGACUAGUCUACUAUAGAUUAAAUAAUUUACUAUAGAUCCAAUAAUCUAUACAUCACAUCUCCAACAUUGUACUAAGAACGUGCUCACCCACCCUAUAAGCAAAUACAUGUACUCUAUAUACCUGAUGGAAUAAAGAUUGCUCUGUUGAUUUGUGA